UUUUUUGCUUUCUUGAGCAUGUGGUUCUGUCAGUCAUUACUCAAAACAAGAUGGCAGACAAAGGAAACUGGGCUUUGGUAAUCUCAGCUUGUGUAGCCAGUUUGCUAGCGGUCCAGGCAGACAUUAUCACGGAAGCUCCAGUGGGCCAUCUGUUUGUCUAUCAGCUAAACAGAGAGGUUUUCCAGAGUGAAUCUGAGCCUUUUCAUAAACACUAUGGUCGUGUUUAUAAUGAUCCCAUGGUGUUUAAAUGCAACAAGGAGAGGUUCCCAGAUUUGCCCCAGUGGCUCCGCUUUACCCAGAGAGACCCCUAUGACGAUGGCUUCCUGUAUGGAACGCCACUGCCACAGGACCAGGGCAGGAACAUUAUAGAGAUUUUUGUGGUGAACAAACGCAGCUAUGACACGUUUAAAGAGAGGCUGGUGAUAAACGUGGGUCCUGCAGUAAAGCAAAUGCCAUACCAGGCUGAGUUCUUCAUAGAGUUGAAAGAGAUUGAGAAAGUGCUGCCCCCUGAUGUUCAAGAGGAGAUCAAACAGGAUAUUAAGAAUCUGUGGGGAACAGACCGGCUCAAUUUUGUCAACAUUACAUCCGCUCUGGAUAGGGGCGGUCGUGUCCCCUUUCCCCUUCCAGGAUAUUUUGAGGGUGUGUAUGUUAAACUGGGUUCAGACCGGCCCUUUUCCAAAUGUAUGCAAAGACUUCAGACGGUGGAGCAUCAGAGAGAGUGUGCAGCUGGAGGGAAGAUCACAGGAGAUUGCAGCACAUGCACAAACCCUGUCAACUGCAUCACCUGGUGCAAAUCUGUUCUGUUUGAUCUGUCCAAGCCUGUCCCACCUGCUCCAGUCCCGACAGUGGGUUCAGGCAUUCUUGAGUGGGGUGGAGAGUUCAACCCUCCAGAGUCUCCACCUGAGAGAGAUUUCUUCCCAGACUACAUAGUCACAGUCAUCAUCCCCUUCGCCCUCACUCUGAUCUUCUGUCUCUUCCUGGCCUACGUUAUGUGCUGCCGGAGAGAAGGAGUUCUGAAACGAAAUGUCAAGACCCCUGAGCUCCAGCUGUACCAUCACCACACCAUCCAGGAUAACGCCAGUGAGCUGCGGAGAAUGGCUGGGCAUGACAGGCUCACCGUGGAUCCCCCUCGCCAGUGCUUACAUCCCCUCCUCAUGGCAGAGCAGGCAAUGGCAGAGCGCUGAAUGACUGCCACAUCACAGACAUACCUCUUUUUUAGCCAUGUUGAAGAUAUUCUGUGGAAGUGGAGGCUUUUUAUUAUUUUGGUUUAAAGUUCACAAUUAUUCUGCUUUUGUGUGUCUAAAGGUUAAAGCUCCAGACUGGCAACAACACAAGGGAACAUCGUCUUUUCUUGGAGUUCGGGUAUAUAGGUUGUAUAUUGCAUUCUUAGAAAAAAUGUUUAGAUUGUAUACAGUGUGAAUUGUGCUUUGAUGUGUAAAAAUAAAUUCUAAUUCUUAGCAUGUUGAAAGAAAAAGUCCAUCCAGAUAAGCUUUCUGCAUGUAACUUAUAUUACUGUAAAUUUCCAGAGGACAAAAAUCAUAGGUUGUAAAAAUUAGACAUGAUCUAAAACCUUCUAUCCCUCACAGCUUCGUUUUUAUACACAUUAAAUAAAAGAGG